AUUCAAAUCUAAGCAAAGUUGUAAACCAAACUACUUUCUACUACCUUGAAGUAUUGUGUUCUGUCUCUAGCUCUAGACAUGUCCUUGUGGGCACCGUGUUAGGAUUGUGCGUGUCGUGUGCUGAGGAGGGAAGCAAUCGCGCUGCGAGGGAAGGUUUAUUCCCGUACGGUACCGGUAUUGAUGUGCUUAUCUCUUUCAGUACGCGACCAAAGAAAAAGAUAUAUUAGUAUUCCCUGGUACCCGUACCGGUACAUGUUGUGUUUAAAAUACUCAAGCGCACCUUGCACUACCGUACGAUGUUCACGCCCUCUACGGCCUCCCACCGCCCCGGCAGGUACGGUACCAGAGGUCCAAGAUAAGACGGGUCAGAAGUUAUCUACAAAAGCAAAUGUGGGGGUCAGGCUUGGGCAAAGAAGAGGAAGAAAUUUGGGACUCUGUUCCAUGCAUGCCUGGGAUAGGGGCGACAGAUUGGGUUUGAUAUCUUCAGCUCCAUUUUAGUAGCCAGCUAUAUGCAUAUAUCCAGCCAUGCAGAAGCGGACAUGGAGGUUGCUACAGAAUGUAAUCAAAUAAAUCUAAUCUGGUACCUCUACAUCUAUCUAUCUGUCUGUCUAUCGAGCUAUAAUGGUCACUUUAUAGGAGCCUCUCAUCCAAUCAUCCAAUCAAAAAUAAAUGCUGCGUUUCAAUCCAAUACUGGCUGAUUUCUUCAAGUUGAAGUACACGUAACUCAACGAUUAUGAGUUAUGAGGCUUACAGGUUAUCUAUCAAGGUUCGAGGCACAUGCAGACCGGUACCGGUACUACUAGCUAGUACAUGGUACAUGGAGGAAUGUGUGACAUACGUCAGAAGCUCAUUACAGGCGCCUUAGGAGUGAUUGUAAGUAAGACAUUUUUUAGAAGACAACUAAGACGUCUUAUCUAUCUCCGAAGCCAUUGUUGCGUUCUCUGGCGAGCUUCCCCAAUGCAAGAUUACUCCGAUGCCUUAUCUUGAGGGACUCUUGGGGGUACUGUCCUCAUAACGCAGAGAAAAGAAAAAAUAUUCGGUGUACUACUGUUUGUAUGCAAAGUGAUCUUAAAAGCAGAUGGACUUAAGAACCAAAUCAGAUCCAUGCUUCUGGUCAUUAUACCUGAGUUCAGAUGACCACUGACCACUGACCACUGACCACUUACCUGUACUGCACGUGUAAAUCGGAGGACGUUGAUUCUUGAUUCAUUCCCUUUUUCUGAGCACUGUAUUUUCGAGCUUCCUGAAACUUGUCAAAAUUAAAAUUGCCAGGGAACAGACAUGGUGGGGGCAAUGACUGACUUCCUUUCGAAAUCGGCUGAUAAAUCCAUCAGUCAUUUUCGAAUCAGCUGACAAACCCCGAAACUGGCUGAUAAAUCCAAAACCGGGUGAUAAGCUGAUAACCAUUAUUUUAUUCUGUGUAGGUUUUAAUCUCCUUUCCCGACGACAUAAGAAUUCUGGUCAUUACAUCAGAGUUCAGAAGCCCUGGCCAUAUACUGUACGUGUAAAUCGGAGGGGGAUAAUUGAAUAAUUCCCUCUUCACUGACCACUAUGAAUUAUGAAACUUGUCAAAUUUCGGUUCACCAGGUUUUCGAGAAGCAGAGACAUUAUUAUUUCGCAAAAGUGGGUCUCACUGUCUUGUCGCUGCAACCAGGGGCAGUUAGUUAGACGUCAGUCAUUCCCCCUCCUUUCCAGUCUUUUCUCUUUCCGAGCUUUUUUUCUUUCCAAGCUAGCUAGCCAAACGUUUUAAAAAAGAGGUUCCAGUACCACAAAGUCACAAUGCCACAAUACCACAAUCCCAAACCAACGCAGCUAACACACUAACGAUAACCCGUUUAUUUUAAUACCAAACUCCAUUGCAGCAUUGUACGAUGGGCCGUCCAAAUACUUUUCUGACAGCCAAGUCCGCGGACCUCGAAGAAUCAAGAUUUGAUGAUUCAAAUAUUGAUCCUUCCUCCCGUUCCUCUCCUUCCUCCCCGUCCCGCUCUGGUUGGGGGGCCUCCGUGCCAUCGGCAUUCAUUUUUUCCCUGGGCUGCAUCACCGCGGCUGCCUUUGUUUGGUUCGGCGUGUCCGCUGCGAUUGACGAGCAGAAUGCCGAGUUUCAGCGGUCUGCCGCCGACACCACCAACAAACUCCAAGACGCCUUUGAAGACUACUCCCAAGCGGCCAGCACUGUCCACAUGCGCUGCCGCCACCGCAACUUUACCCGUCAAGACUUUCGUGAGGCCUUUGAAUACCUCAUGGACGGCGGACUCCGCUUCAAGGCCGUCCAAUUCAACCCCAUGUUCACGCACGCCGAGCGCCCCGGUGCGGAGGAGGAAGCCCGGGCCUAUUACGCAGAACACUAUCCCCACGUGGACUAUCAGGGCUUUCGCGGGUUCAACUACCCCAACUCGACCACCUUGGAACCUCGGAUUGAACAGCCUUUUUAUUUCCCCAUUCACUACCAAGAACCCGUGGUCGGAAACGAGGCCGCCAUUGACUUGGACUACCAUUCUUCGGAGUCGCGCACCCGCGCCGUCGAUGCCUUGUUUGAAACCAAAGGUCCCUCGCUCACCGAUCGUCUGUCCCUUGUCAAGAAGAAGGGUGAAGUCAGUCGCUGUGGAGCACACAAUGGACCUUCCUACGGGGUGGUACUCAUGCAUCCCGGCGUGGAAUUGUCUCAACCUCAACCAGGGGAUGAAGUCUGGCCCCGGGAUUUUUCGACUAUUGUCCUUUGCGUCCCGGACUUGUUGGCGCGAUCUAUCGCCGGCCAGUCCAAGUCCUCCUUUAUCUAUAUCCAUGACCAGUCGACUCCUGGCGCUGAAGAUGGCGAACCCGUCUUUAUGGGUGGAGCGCAGGUGGAAAUCGCAGACUUUCAUCAGAAGGUUGACUUUUUAGAUGAAGUCAAGUUGUCCGAGUUGUCCGCCAAGCUCAAGGAACAAAGCAGUAUCACUGUUGCCAACCGCGUUUGGACAGUGACGGUCUUGUCCAUGGAUGACACCUAUGAACCGGACAUUCUCUUUGUCUGUUUGGGUGGAGCCUUCGUCUUGUUGGGGAGUGUCUUUCUGGCCAUUUGGGUCUACACCUGGAAACAAGCCCAGUACAUGCAAGUCCUGGCCACAGCCGAGCGGUCUACCGCCAUUGUCACCUCGCUCUUCCCAAAGAACGUGGCCAAGCAAAUGAUGGACUACGACGUCGCUGAUCGGGAGGGUUGUGCUGAUACGAAGAGCAAGCCCAUUGCUGAUCUAUUCCCCAGCGCCACCAUCAUCUUUGCAGACAUGGUAGGGUUCACGGAAUGGAGUUCCAUGCGAGAACCUACUGAUGUCUUUCUCCUUUUAGAAACGGUGUACGCCGCCUUCGAUGAGAUUGCUGCUAGGCGAAAGGUUUUCAAAGUAGAGACCAUUGGUGACUGCUAUGUGGCUGUCUGUGGGCUCCCUGAGCCUUGCAAAAAUCAUGCUGUGGUUAUGGCGCGCUUUGCCCAUGAGUGUGCCUGUAUAUCCAAAUCUGUCCUACGUGGGCUUGAGGCAGAACUUGGGCCCGAGACUUCCACACUCGACUUCCGGGUUGGCUUGCAUAGUGGUGCUGUCACCGGUGGAGUCUUGAGAGGACAGCGUGCAAGGUUCCAACUGUUUGGAGACACUGUCAAUACUGCUGCAAGGAUGGAAAGUACUGGCAAAAAGGGAGCGAUUCAUGUAUCCACUGCAACAGCCGAUCUCAUCAGAGAAGCUGGUUGGGGUGAGUGGGUUGUCCCGCGCGAGGACAAAGUACAUGCCAAGGGUCUGGGUUUUGUGGACACAUGCUGGUUGUCUAUCAAGUCCGAUGAUCGUGCUGCUUUGGGGGGAGGCGCUUCGCAGAGUGAUCAUCAUGAGUCAUAUCGCACUGAUGAGUCCGUUUAGCCUCCUAUGAUUUUCUUGGCUGUUGGGUACUAGCUAGUGGGAAAAGUCGCAAGUUGGCAUGUUGCUUCGGCCCAUGA